CCGAUGACAACCCGGAAAUGAGGUUACAUAAAGCUACGGCAUGUUGUGGUUUCACCGACAGUAACAUCGAGUGUAGCUGAAUGCUUUUCCCGGUAGUUUAACUCGAAGUGAGACGGCACCUCUUAAAUAAUAGCUUGAAAUCACGUUAGUUGUUGAGAAAAACGGGGACGGUCGUUUUGGGGUAAAGACGACAAAGAAAUGAAACGGUGUAACGUCAUACUUGUGUUGCAGUUUCUGUUUGUGGGACACAUCAAAAGUUGGGAUGACGGCAGCGUUCUGCUGCGUGAUGUGCAGGCAUUGACUUUGUACAAGGAUCGAUACACCACAGCAAGGCGUUCCAGCCCAGUCCCUCAGCUUCAGUGUGUUGGAGGCUCUGCAGGAUGCCAGGCUUUCGUCCCUGAGGUGGUGCAAUGUCAGAACAAAGGCUGGGACGGAGAGGAUGUACAGUGGGAGUGUAAGACUGAUAUGGACAAUGCCUACCGAUUUGGUCGCAUGGAGGUGAGCUGUGAGGGCUACAGAAACCCUGCUGAUGCCCUCAUCCUGAAAGGCUCCUGUGGGCUGGAGUACACUCUGGAGCUGACUGAACAUGGCCGGAGGACGUCACACGCUGGAACCAAAAGUUUUGGAGGCCUUGGUGGUUUAGCAUCUAGUUUCUUCAGCGCUUUCUCUGGAAACCACCAACGCCACCCGCCUAGCCAGCAGAGUCGUCAAAGCGAACCUGCAGCCAGUGGGGACUCCGGAGGUCUGCUGGUGGUUGCUGUGCUCCUGCUCGUGGCAUACGGCGUAUACAAGCUGUUCCUCAGCGGGAACACGUCCCCCUGGGGGCAGGGCGAUGGACAGGCAGGUUACCCCAGGGAUAAUCGCCAUGGCUCCACUGCAACACCACCGCCCCCGGGAUUCAAACCCGACUUCACAGGCAAUCCUGGUUCCAACCCAGGCUACGGUUUCCAUAGUGACUACACUGACAGGCAACAGUACCCAGGAGGCCAUGCUUCUCCUGGCACAGGUGGGGGCUUCUGGACCGGCAUGGGAACAGGAGGAAUGCUGGGAUAUCUCUUUGGUCGUCAUAGAAACCAGUCCAACAACUAUGAUCGCUCCCCUUACAACGGACCUCCUCCUGCUGGAGGCUACACAUCUUCCUCUGGGACACGCACUGCUUCCGGUUUUGGAGGAACUAAAAGAAGAUGAAAGUUGUGGAGGUGGACAGUUAAUAAACACGGAAUAAUAAAGGACGGGCUCAGUGAUGGACGGAUGGACCAAAGCACCGUGAGGAGGCGCUUUCAACAUGCAGGAGGAACUUGAAUAACGGCAUUGUUAUUUCUUAUUUUUUUCUACUUUCAGAGGUCACUUAGAUCUCAGCUCCCGAAUGAAGGCAUUCAUAUUCUCCUGUGAAAAGGUGGUUUGAGCUAUAGCUUGAUGUCUCCAGUGUAUGGUUUUCUGUUGACUUUGUUAAUGAAUGAGUAUGUUCGGCUUUAUUGCAUUCCUGUAAAAUAAAAGGCAGGCAUAGAACAAAAUAAAGUGAACACAGCAGAGGCAAGAAUCAAGCGCUGAAACAUAAAUUCUGUUUUCAUAAAAUGAGUUUGGAUUCAUCAAAUGUGUCUCUACAUAUUUUUACCAUUCAAGAACAAAAAAACAGAUUUUUUAUAUAAUAAAUAAAUAAAUAAUGAGAAAAUAAUAAUUUAGACACAAAUUUGAUCUUCCCAAUUAUCAAUGUGGGCUUUGGUUGCUGAAGUUUUUAAAGUAGGUAGAGUUGAAGUAAGAGUUUUGAAAACAUUGCUGUAGGUUCUACUUGGUGUAAUUGUCUUGAGACGAGCCAUAUAAACUUCUAUUUUCUGUAUUUCAAUAAAUCGAUCAAUAGAUCGUCUCUAUUUGAGGUCCAUUGUAACCAGUUAGUGAAUCUAAGUACAUGUGUUGAGGUCUUUCAAUAUUAAUUAAAUCUUCAAUCAAG